AUGCAGUCUGAAUACGAGAUUAAUACUCUGUACCAAGAAGCUCAGAGUCGUUGGUUGAAACCCCCUGAGGUUCACUUCAUUUUGCAGAAUCAUGAACGUUAUCAGCUAACACAUACCCCACCUCAAAACCCUACUAGUGGAUCUUUGUAUCUAUUCAAUAGAAGAGUUCUUAAAUUCUUCCGUAAAGAUGGUCAUCAAUGGAAGAGAAAGAAGGAUGGUAGAGCUAUCUCUGAAGCUCACGAACGACUUAAGGUGGGUAACGUUGAGGCUUUGAGUUGUUAUUAUGUCCAUGGAGAGCAGGACCCUAAUUUUCAGAGACGUAUCUACUGGAUGCUAGAUCCGGGGUACGACCAUAUUGUCCUUGUUCAUUACAGGGAUAUUAGUGACUUUAGAGAGGGAAGACAAACUAGUGGAACUGUUUUGCAGUUCUCACAGAAUGCUUCCACUCUCUUUUCAAGUCCAAGCUCCAUUGGUACUCAGAAUACAAGCUACAAUCACUACAAUGGUGUCUCUACUUCUACUUCUCCAGGCAUUGCAGAGGUUAACUCUGAAGUUUUCUUCAAUAGUAACGGAGUUGAGACCCCGGAGGGAAGUGGAAGUUCUUAUGAGCUUGAAAAUAGGCAGGCUAUAAAGAGGCUUGAGGAACAACUUAGUCUCGGUGAUGAUAUUGUUAGUACUGUAGAUCCACUCUACGGUCAAAACGAAAGUUUGGAUAGUCUCCAAUUCCUUGCUCAGCCAGCAGCUGUGUAUCAGAGACCAGAGAAUAAUAACAAGCUAGAAAGAUGUUAUGGAGGUUAUGUUGGAGCACAGUAUAAUGCUAAUACUGGAGAUCCACUCUACAGUCAAAACGAAAGUUUGGAUAGUCUCUUAUCUUUGGACUGUGCUGAGGACAUCAAUCACCUUACUCAACCAGAAAGUGAACAUCAGAGACCUGAGAAUAACAGACUAGUGAGAUGUAAUGGAGGGUAUAUUGGAGCUGAUUAUCAUCCUAACAAUCUCACACUCGUAAAGAAUGAUUCAGGUGGUACUGGAGGGAGUGGUGAUCAAGAGUCUGAAUCUUGGAAAGAUGUGUUGGAGGCAUGUGAGGUUUCUAUAGCUCUUAACUCUGAGCAUGGAAGCACACCAAGUUCAGCGAAAGGAUUGCUAUCUGGAAUGCAGGAGGAUUCUAACUGGAGUUACAGCAACCAGGCUGACCAAGAUACAUUGUUGUUGCCUCAAGAACUUGGUUCGUUUCAACAUCCUACUUGUUAUCCUGAGCUAGGAGCUCCUGAGAUUAUGCAAAAGUUUACUAUCCAGGACGUUUCACCAGAGUGGGGUUACGCGAAUGAAACUACAAAGGUGAUAAUCAUUGGAUCAUUUCUCUGUGAUCCAACGUGGUCUUGCAUUUUUGGAAGCGUUGAAGUUCCUUUUGAGAUCAUCAAAGAAGGUGUUAUACGAUGCCAAGUCCCUCCAUCUCUCCCUGGCAAAGUGAACUUACGCAUUACUUCUAGAGAUGGACUCUCUUGUAGUCAAACAAGAGAAUUCGAGUAUCGUGACAAGCCUGACAUAUCUUCCCGUAAGUGCAGUCGAGAUCAGCUUUUCUUACUCGUAAGCUUUGUGCAAACACUUUUAUCCGAUAGAAGAAGUACCAUAGAACCAGGCAUUGGUAAGUUGAAGAAUAUCAAAGCUGAUGAUGAUGAAUGGAGUCAUAUCAUUGAUACGAUUCUAGAUGACACUGCAACACCAUCAAAUACAGUUGAUUGGCUUCUACAAGAGCUACUUAAAGAUAAACUAGAUGCGUGGCUGUCUUCGAGAUCCCACGAUGAAGAUCAAACAUCUUGUUCUUUGUCAAAGAAAGAACAAGGUAUUAUUCAUAUGGUUGCAGGCCUAGGCUUUGAGUGGGCACUCCAUCCAAUUCUUGGUCUUGGUGUCAGUGUGGAUUUUCGUGAUAGUAAUGGUUGGAGUGCUCUUCAUUGGGCUGCACGAUAUGGAAGAGAAAAAAUGGUGGCUGCACUUAUAGCUGCAGGGGCAUCAGCUGGUGCAGUGACUGAUCCCAAUGCGCAAGACCCAGCCGGUAAAACCGCAGCUUCAAUAGCUUCCUCUAACGGCCACAAGGGUCUCGCAGGUUACUUAUCCGAGAUGGCAUUAACAAACCAUCUCUCUUCGCUCACACUCGAGGAAACAGAACAUUCUCUAGGCUCAGCUCAAGUGCAAGCAGAGAUGAUAGUGAAUUCCAUCUCAGGAAGAAGUCCUCCGGUUAAUGAUGAUCCACAUUCACGUGCUGCAUUGAGAAACGUAGCUCAAGCAGCUGCGAGAAUCCAAGCAGCGUUUCGUGCACAUUCGUUUAGAAAGCGACAAGAGAGGGAAGCAGCUAUGGCUGCUUGCUAUCAAGAGUAUGGGAUCUAUGCAGAUAUUGAAGGGAUCGCAGCCAUGUCGAAGCUAGCGUUUGGAAAUGUGAAGAACUAUAAUUCAGCUGCUUUGUCUAUCCAGAAGAAGUACCGUGGCUAUAAAGGUCGAAAAGAGUUUCUAGCUAAGCGUCAAAAAGUAGUGAAGAUACAGGCUUAUGUUAGAGGUUACCAAGUAAGGAAACAUUACAAGGUAAUCUGCUGGGCAGUAGGGAUUCUAGAUAAGGUUGUACUGAGGUGGAGAAGAAAAGGUGUUGGCCUAAAAGGGUUUAGGCAAGACGUAGAGAGUAGAGAGGAGGAGAGUGAAGAUGAAGACAUUCUCAAAGUGUUUCGCAAGGAGAAAGUAGACGGAGCAGUGAACGAGGCUUUCUCUCGUGUUCUGUCAAUGACUAACUCUCAAGAGGCUCGCCAGCAGUAUCAGCGCGUGCUCGAGAGAUACUGUCAGACAAAGGCUGAGCUUGGGAAAACAGAGACAUUAGGAACAGAUGGUGGUGAUGAGGAGGAGGAUGAUGUGUUGCUGGACAUAGCGGAUAUGCGAUACGAGAAUUUGCGUACAAUGCCUUGAGAGGGAAAGACAGGCAGAUAGAUUAAAAAAAUGAACUGUGGAUUUAGAGGUAUUAAAUAAUGAUAAUAGUCUGUAGAUUUAUGAAGUUUUAUGAGUGGAAGUAGUUUUGUAGAGUGAUGCAUUGAAGAAGAAGAAGAAAACAAGUGGGAAAAGCUGUUAUUAGUUGUGAGUGUUUGUAAAUGAUCUCCCUCUAUUGUGGCUAACUUAUAAAAGCUUAAAUGGUUUUUUCUUGUAAAAAUUGAAAUAAAAAAACAAAGAUGACAAAUAGAGGUGUGACGUGCGUAUUUG